UCGUACACAGUCGUAGAAUCCAACAACUUGUUUUAUUCACCACUCCAAACCAUAUGAACAAUCUGUCAUUCGUGUUUCUGUCACAGCCGAAUGUGGACGUCUUGUUACGUUAUUAUUUAACCAGUUAAAAGAAUUUCUCGAAUCAAUGUGAAAAGAAUCGGUUUUUAGUCAACAUAAUUUACGUUCAAUGUUUGUCCACUAAGUGCCUUACAAAUUAACCGAAUUGAAAUCUAACAAAUUAAGUUUAGGAGUAACAGUGUCACCCAACAAUGGCUUCUAAUCAAGCAUUCGAAGCUGGCGAUGAUCCAACAGCUGUAACAAAUCGAACCGAACAACGCACACCAACAAAUGGAGAAAACGUUCCUAAUGAAUCAACCACAUUGGCAGGAGGUGCAAUUUCCACAUAUUUUGCCGAUGAAAAAGUUUUUAUUCCCGAUGUAGAUAAGCAAGGAUUUAGUUUCCGAAAAUUAUGGGCAUUCACCGGUCCUGGUUUCCUUAUGUCCAUAGCAUAUCUGGAUCCCGGUAACAUCGAAUCAGAUUUACAAAGUGGAGCUGUGGCCAAAUAUAAACUGUUAUGGGUGCUGCUGACGGCAACAAUAUUAGGUUUAGUUGUACAAAGAUUAGCGGCAAGACUGGGAGUAGUUACUGGACUACAUUUAGCUGAAAUGUGUUAUAGGCAAUACAAAAAAUUCCCACGAUUAGUUCUGUGGAUAAUGGUGGAAGUGGCCAUUAUCGGAUCGGAUAUGCAGGAAGUUAUCGGCACAGCCAUAGCAAUCUAUUUACUGUCGAACAAAGCUGUACCGCUGUGGGCCGGCACAUUAAUAACCAUUGUCGAUACAUUCACUUUUCUAUUUUUGGACAAGUACGGUCUCAGAAAAUUGGAAUUCUUCUUUGGUUUUCUAAUAACUGUCAUGGCAGUUACGUUCGGCUAUGAGUACAAUGUGUCUGCACCACCGCAAGGCGAGGUACUGAAGGGAAUGUUCUUCCCAUGGUGCACUGGUUGUCAGUCCAGAGAGUUAUUACAGGCCGUAGGCAUCGUUGGUGCUGUGAUCAUGCCACAUAAUUUGUACCUGCAUUCUGCAUUGGUUAAGUCUAGAGAUAUCGAUCGCCGCCAAAGUUCAAAAGUUCGUGACGCCAAUUUCUACUUCUUCGUCGAAGCUUGCAUCGCUUUGUUCAUCUCGUUCAUCAUAAAUGUGUUUGUCGUUGCCGUAUUCGCCCAUGGAUUAUAUGGCAAAACAAAUCAAGAGAUCACCGACUCGUGCGUUAAUCAAACCAUGUACGACGACGCUCUGUCACUGUUCGGACGAAAUACUAAGAUUGUCGAUGCUGAUCUGUACAAAGGUGGCAUAUUCCUUGGCUGCACGUUCGGCGCUGCAGCGAUGUACAUCUGGGCUGUGGGUAUCUUAGCGGCCGGUCAAAGUUCAACAAUGACCGGAACAUAUGCCGGACAAUUUGCGAUGGAAGGAUUCUUGAAUCUUCAGUGGGCUCGCUGGAAGCGAGUACUUUUCACCCGACUCAUCGCCAUUGUACCAACAUUCUGUGUGGCAUUUUUCAGCCAAAUCGAAGAUUUAACCGGAAUGAAUGACAUUCUGAAUGCCGUGAUGGCAUUACAAUUGCCGUUUGCCGUAAUUCCUACUAUUGCGUUUACGUCCAGCCACUUUAUCAUGGGCGAAUAUGUCAAUGGUAUUGGGAACAAAAUCGUUUCGUGCAUUCUAUGCGUGGUUGUCAUUGUGAUCAACAUAUUUUUUGUCACCGAUCAAGUGAUUGCCGCUGAUUUGCACUGGGGCUACAUGUUGCUUGUCGUGGUCUUUGCUGUCCUGUACAUAUUGUUCAACUUAUACCUCGUCAUACACAUGACCGCGUUUAUGGGUAACCAGAGAGUGUUAAACGCCAAUCUUGUCCAGAAGUACGUUCUACCAGAAGAUAAUUCGCUUCUAUUUGAUGAAAGCCAUAACAACUACGCAAGCUCAAUUGUGAUGGACGGUCCUGGUGUAAGGAGUUUUUCCAUUAACUAUAGACGUUCCAGCAUGUGAUGUUCAAGGAGUUAUAGAGAUGUUUGUAAAAAUUUACGUGUAAUAGAACUUAUUUUAUAAGAAAUAAUUUUUACGAAAUGAUAUGGAACUAACCGACGUGCGUCACCAUGAAAUGAAAUAUUUAAAAAGAAAAUGCCAGAAGAAGUUUGAAUUUAUAUUUUUUUAACUGAUAUCAGGUUAUUGAAUGAGUAAACUUACGUCCCAAACUCCUUUCAUAUUACAUGGUAAUACCAUCUCAAUUAGGGUGGAAUCCACCCGCUGGACUACUUACCUACUUUUAAAUUAAUUCAGAGUCACCAGCAAAUUCAAUCUAAAUGUUAGUUGAGUUGUUUGUUAGUCGGCAAGAAAUGGUCACGCCUAAUUGCUUUUUUGAGCUUGUUGAAUGCAAAAAAAAACUGAAUUUGAAUUUCAGAAGCUAUUUUGCGCAAGCCCCAGCCCCACCUACAACAGCUAUUUACAUGACUAGGGAUAAAAAGGUGAAAAGUAGAGUUUUUGUGUGAAGUUAGUUGAUCCAAGGCGAAGUCAAGGUCAAUAAGCGCACUAAAACGAGACUCUUCAUUUUUAUUCACAGUUAAUGGAUUUUACAUGCUAAGAGCGUCGAAAAUAGUGCUUCAAUUUAAUUUUUUUCAAUUUUCAUUUAUUUCCAAGAAAAAACUUCUUACAUUAAACACACAGCGUAGCUCCAGUAUGCGUUACAAUUCUAAGGAGCUACAACAGUAGCUUGAAAUAUGAAAAGUAUGGUUUUCGACACAUGCAGCAUGUAAAGUCCAUAACUUAACUCGGGAUAAGAGUAUGGUUUUCGUGCGUUCACUGACCUCCGUUGCGCCUCGGAAGAACAGAAUUUAUACGAAAAGUCUACUUUUCAUCUUUUUAUCCCUAGUUAUGUAAAAGACUCAUGAUAAAUCAGUGCCAUAAAAUCAUAUGUAAGCUUUAACGCUUUCUAAAUUAGCACAUGUUUGGUAGAAGUUUGACGAUGACACUCAACAUUCGAAGAAAUUUAAUAAAUCCUCACAAUCACAAUAUUUCUAAAUAAAAAAUCUCUAACAGCUCGGUAUAGUCCUACUCUAUCGAUUCAAUUCACACUGUAAGUUCGUUCUUGAAGGGAAUCUCAAAUUAACGCAAUGUUGAUGAGUCUGAUAGACUCAUAUAGACUGGAUUUAUUACCAGCUAGCAUCUAAAUUACGGUACAACAUACUACACUCAGCAACUGUUAUUUGCUCACCUUUGUAUGAACGUUCUUUACCUGUUAGUGGGGCAGACCACCGUUAUUUAAUAGGGUUAAAAUGUAAUUUUCGUUCAUUUAUUCAGACAUUGAAGUGCAUUUAUGAUGUGAGUGGAAACGUUCAGUAAAAAUAUUUGAAAAGUUUAACAAAAAUUGCUUUGCCUCAGCUUAUUUCUACGGAAGUAUCUUCUACACUGAUUCUUACUGAAUGUUUAAAAGAAAAACUACUAACCAGUAAAUUCUAACCGAAUUCUCAUUAUUCCGGGCUAUGUUAAUAAUAGAAUGUAGAAUAUGAACCUGUGUUCGAUUGUUUGUUUGUUUUUUUUUUGGCGAGCUGUAAGUUAUCCGAAGAUGUGAUACAUGUCAAAAUAAAAAUUUGAACAGAGUGUCGAUUCGAUGUAAAAUAAAACCCUCUUCGAUACAAGCUAAUAAUAAUAGAUAGUAGAUGUCUAUGGGAGAGGGAGAAACGAUGGAAGACCAUAAUCCAUCCCAUAGACACCAACGCUAUUUUACUCAAGAAAGCAAAACAAAUUUAGACAGCAUGAAAUAAAGAAUUAUUUAUCUCGAAAGGGAAAUGCCGAGUUGAGUAAAAUAAUUUACAAUUAAGAGGCCCAUAAAUAAUAAAACAAUAAUAGAGUUAAUGUCAACCGAAUU